GCAAGCGUCACACUUCACAGUUCACAGAUUAGACGUUACUCAAAAAUCCGCAUUUCUCGGAGUACUGUAGUUUUCCGGUGACGUAUUUUAAAAUUCCGGUCACUACAUAAGAACUGAAUGGCUCGAGUUUCUUCAAAUCCCGUCGGACUCCAUAAAUUCCGGCCGUCUUGUAUUCAUCCCGCCAUAAAAUCUCUUCGUUUCGUAAAUCCCUCCGUUCAUUCUCGCAAUAGAAAGCUCAGAUUCCAGCGGUUGUACUGCCAAACUGAACCUAAUCCGACCGAUUCCAACUCCGAGAAAAACUCGAUUGUUGAAUCUGAUUCUGAUAAAGAUGAUAAGAUUACCGAAGUUACAAGUUCUCCAAGUGAUGGUGGAUUACCUGCUCUCCCAAACAAAAGCCUCAAUCGGAGAGUUGCAAUAGCUUCUGUUCUUGGAGCAGUAGGUCUGUUUGCAUCAGGUAGACUUGAUUUUGGUGUUUCUUUGAAAGAUCUUUCUGCUGCAUCCUUACCUUAUGAAGAGGCUCUUUCAAAUGGGAAGCCAACUGUUGUGGAGUUUUAUGCAGAUUGGUGUGAGGUUUGUCGUGAAUUAGCUCCAGAUGUUUACAAAGUUGAGCAACAAUACAAAGACAGAGUAAAUUUCGUUAUGCUAAAUGUUGACAAUACAAAAUGGGAACAAGAACUAGAUGAAUUUGGUGUUGAGGGUAUUCCACAUUUUGCAUUUUUGGAUAAAAAUGGUAAUGAAGAAGGGAAUGUAGUGGGAAAGCUGCCCAAAAAAUACUUCAUGGAAAACAUUGAUGCACUUGCUACUGGAAAACCAUCAAUCCCACAUGCCCGAGUUGUUGGUCAGUUUUCAAGUGCUGAAGCUAGAAAAGUCCACCAAGUAUCCGACCCGAGAAGUCACGGAUAAAUAAUUCAAAAUAUAUAUAUGUAACAAAUCAAUAAUUAAUUCUUGUAUCAAAAUCACAAAAAAACACAAUUAAAUCAAUGAUUCAUUUUUAUAUGUCA